AAACAAAAUAUGACCAAUUUGCCAAUACGAUAGAGAUGGUUUGUUGUAGAGGCUAUUGUUGGUCUGUAUGAGUGGCUAUCGAAAAAAAGUGUGUCCAAGAUGGAGUGCAUAGCCUGCGGAACGAUUAUAGAGCACAAAUCCGCGCAAUGCAUCAAACUAUAUGAUGGUAUUGGAAUUGGAUCCACACCAAACACAGAUGGAGAAGUUUUAAGGAAGAUAGGCAGAUUUAUGAAGCAAUUUGAACCCCUAGCAGCCGUCUGGGAGUUUGUUCAUACCUAUUAUCUUGCAAAUGCGCCAACAUCUUUGAAUAUCUACAAUGCAGAAAGGGCAAUUGUCACAUCUAUACGACGAUUCCUCGGGAGUUUCCAGUCGUUUGCCAAUAUGUGCUCGUUGGCGAGUUCCGUAGAUGUGGAAACUGGCAGAACGUUACCAAGCACUCGGUCAAUGGUGUUCAAUUACUGUUACUUUGGGAACUCGCUGGCUAUACAUUCUGGAGCAAAUGGAGUACUGGUCUUCACAGGACUGGACAAGGGAAAUUUGGAUCUAUCGGAUGAAAAGGUGGAAUGCAAGGGAUCGCUACAGGUAUCUAGAGUUGUCCAUGAUGGCUCCUCUAGAGGGUUUGCAGAUGGAACGAGGCUUAGGGAUAUAAAGGGAGAUAGUGGAAUGAUUCUACCAACCUCAACCAUUACCACUAGUAGUGUCAACACUGGAGUAGUCUCCCUAGCCAAUACAUUGGGAGAGAGGGAACCAUUUAUAACAUCUGUUUCUACGAGUCCAAUGUGUAGCUUUGGUACACUUCUCCUGGUUACCUUUUCAGAUGGAACUUUGGAGUUGUGGAAAGAAAGCGUCUCACUCUCCAACUUUACAGACAGAAUUUGGAGCUCUAUUGGCGCCUCAAAAACUAGUGGAUAUCCCUACUAUUCUCUAUUUUCUCCUUCUGGUGAAUUAGCGCUUGUUAUCACCACCGAAGGAACAAAGCUGUUAACAUGUCCAGGUCUAGAGGCUCUGAAUAUCGCAGAUGGAUCCUCCUCUCAUCUAUGGAGUGGCUCCUUGUGGAGCACACCAAACUACAAGAUUGUAGCUGUGGCAUGGAUAAACAAUCAUGAAUUUUUAAGCUUGACAGAACAUAGGCAUUUGAUGCUCACCAGAAAAUCUGACCCAGGUUUUUGGAAUAGAGUGGCGCAUUUUGAUCUACAGGGUAUUGAUGUUUCCCUGGAUAAGGCAGGUAUAGGUAGUACUCGUUUGCAGAUAGAUGGAGCUGGUAGAGUCUAUUUGUUAAUGCAGAAUAGUCUCCAGGUUGUAAGGUUAACAUGGCACGACCAUGAAACGCCGGAAUGUAUAGUCUUAAAACUUGAAUCAAAGGAUCUACUAAUACACGAAUAUGAAAGUAUGCAUAAGGCAUCUUUGGAGGAAGAAAAGGAUGUGCCCGCAAAUCUAUCAGUAUAUGACCUCACAAUAGAUGCUGUAAAUGACCUCAUGGCAAUCAUCGUCUCUGAGAGACGUAUGGUUUGCAUUUACAACUUACAGUCCAUGCGUCUUUUGCAUGUACUGAAACCACCAAAAUCGCAAUUAAAGGCAAUGGGAAUCAAAUUUCUACAAAAGGGAGGUAUCCUUGCAGUUAGAUGGGUUGCCAUAAGUUUGGAAGUCAUGGAGGGAAUGCUCGACGAAGAAUACAAGGAAUUUGAAAUUGAACACUCUGCAAUACUCGGAGAUUUACCAUACCCGAGAUGUACACUAGUCUACAAAGUCUCUGGAACCGCCAAAAGAGUCAUGGAAGACUGUUUUGCAGACAUUAUCGCAGGCCAAGCUGGCAGAUUUAAUGAAAAUAUUACUGGCGACGUUUUUGAAGGCGCAAAUAGACCCAUUGUAAACUCUAGACCCUUUAGGGAAAACAUUUACAGCGUCGAUGAGUUUAUUCAGAGAAAACGCAGUGGACUCUAUACGUAAUUUUUCU